AAAUCUGUUUUCUUUCAGGAUAUUGAUGUGGAUACUCAUUACAAAAAUUACAGCUUGGGUGUUAGAAAAUCUCUUGAUGCUUGGUCAGGUUCACAGAUUGAUUUGGGUUUGGUAGAGGCAGCAAUUGAAUAUAUAUGUCGGAAUGAAGAUGGUGGAGCAAUUCUGGUAUUUCUCACUGGCUGGGAUGAAAUUUCUAAGCUGCUUGACAAACUUAAAGGAAAUAACUUACUUGGAGACCCUAGCAAGUUUUUAAUCCUUCCUUUACAUGGCUCAAUGCCUACUGUCAACCAAUGUGAAAUAUUUGACCGUCCCCCCCCUAACAAGAGAAAAAUUGUGCUUGCAACAAAUAUUGCUGAGAGUAGCAUCACCAUAGAUGACGUUGUGUAUGUUAUAGACUGUGGCAAAGCAAAGGAGACCAGCUAUGAUGCUCUAAAUAAGCUUGCUUGCCUGUUGCCAUCAUGGAUUUCAAAGGCUUCAGCUCAUCAGAGACGUGGUCGUGCUGGUCGAGUGCAACCUGGAGUUUGUUAUAGGCUGUAUCCAAAACUAAUCCAUGAUGCAAUGCCUCAAUAUCAGUUAGCUGAAAUCCUCCGAACUCCUUUGCAAGAGUUGUGCCUCCAUAUUAAAAGUUUGCAGCUUGGAACUGUGGGAUCAUUUUUAGAAAAGGCACUUCAGCCACCAGAUCCUUUAGCUGUUAAGAAUGCUAUUGAACUUCUCAAAACAAUUGGGGCAUUAGAUGAACAGGAGGAGCUCACUCCAUUGGGUCGGCAUCUUUGUAACAUACCUUUGGACCCAAAUAUAGGAAAGAUGCUUCUAAUGGGCUCUAUCUUUCAGUGCCUCAAUCCUGCCCUAACUAUUGCUGCUGCUCUUGCUUACCGCAACCCAUUUGUCUUGCCCAUAAACAGAAAAGAGGAAGCUGAUGAAGCAAAACAAUCUUUUGCUGGUGAUUCUUGCAGUGAUCACAUAGCCCUUCUCAAAGCUUUUGAAGGAUGGAAAGAUGCAAAGCGAAGUGGGAACGAAAAGCAGUUUUGUUGGGAGAAUUUCCUAUCCCCUGUGACUUUGCGGUUGAUCGAUGAUAUGAGAAUGCAGUUUCUCAAUUUAUUGUCUGACAUCGGAUUUGUUGACAAGUCCAGGGGUGCUAAUACUUACAACCAGUACAGUCAUGAUUUGGAGAUGGUGUGUGCAAUUCUCUGUGCUGGGCUCUACCCUAAUGUUGUUCAGUGCAAAAGAAGAGGAAAACGGACAGCAUUCUACACAAAAGAAGUAGGGAAGGUUGACAUCCAUCCUGCUUCUGUUAAUGCUGGGGUUCAUCUCUUCCCUCUGCCCUACAUGGUAUAUAGCGAAAAGGUGAAAACAACCAGCAUCUAUAUUAGAGACUCUACCAACAUUUCAGAUUAUGCCCUACUUCUAUUUGGUGGUAAUCUUGUUCCUAACAAAAACGAAGGCAUUGAAAUGCUUGGAGGUUACCUUCAUUUCUCUGCUUCAAAGAGUGUUAUCGAGUUAAUAAGGAAAUUACGUGGGGAGCUUGACAAGCUUCUGAACAGAAAAAUUGAAGAACCAGGAUUGGACAUUUCCUCUGAAGGAAAGGGGGUGGUUGCUGCUGCUGUUGAGUUGCUGCAUAGUCAAGUCAUGAGAUAAUUUCUGGCAUUCAUUAGAUAUUAUAAUUAGCAUAAAUUUUGGCAAUUUAGGUAGCAGUUUUUAUUGAUUGCUAGCAAUAGUAUUCAUCUGGAAUGUGUAUGUGCAAUAUCUGUUUUUUUUUUGGUGGUUACAAAGGAGAUAAUACUACUUGACAAGGGAGGGAGAAGGAGACUGGGUCAUGAUCGAAUUUCACAGUGGAUUCUUCUCGCAAAGGGAACUCCGUAGCAUUGGGCUACAUAUAGCAAUAUUUGACUCAGCAUGUUAUACUUGAAUUUCUUUCAUUAGACUACACUUUAUCUUUUUCAUAGAACGUUUUACUUUAUUGAUUAUCCAAGGAAGUUGCAGUUUUCGUA